GUUGCGGAGAGCCCAGUGCUGUGCUGUGCACGCCAACCACAACUGAAAGGGAGAGCCGAAGAGGGAAGGGGGAGAAGCGACCGCGCCGCCAAACCCUAGCCCCGCGCAAGCGACCGUGGGGGAGCUCCACUCCGCCGCGCCGCCCCCCGUCCCCGUUUCGCGACAUGGCCGAUUCCCCGCGCAGGAGGUACUCAAGGUCCCCUUCAUACAGCAGGGGGCACCCAAAAGGGAGGUCAAGAUCACAAUCUCCAGCUCGGUCUCAGUCUAGGUCACCUGUCCCUGAUCCUAGAUCUCAGGCGAGGUCAAGAUCUAGAAGCCAAGAGAGGGAGGAGGAUGCUGUUAACCGUGGGAAUACUCUGUAUGUGACUGGGCUCUCUUCGAGGGUUACUGAAAGGGAUGUUAAGGAUUAUUUUUCUAAGCAUGGAAGGGUGGUUGGUUGCCAUGUUGUUCUUGAACCCCAUACACGUGUUUCCCGUGGAUUUGCCUUUGUCAGCAUGGACACUGUUGAAGAAGCGGAGCGUUGCAUAAAGUAUCUUAAUGGUUCUGUAAUGGAAGGUCGAAACAUCACAGUUGAAAAGAAGAUAUUGUGCAAGCUAUGUCCAGCAGUCAAGAUGCUGAGUUCACCAAUUCCAGCUUUAGCUCAUACGGCUCGAUCAGUGGACAGCCCAAAGGGUUACCAUGCACCACAAGAUUCACAACAACUUAACAUAGCAAAUUUUCAACUAAACCUGAGCAUUCACCUUCAACUUCCACAUCAACUAAUCAACGAGCAUUGCCGACUUGUUAGUCAAGCAUGUGUGGUGCCAUGUGCGGUAGCAACUUUGGAUGCCUGCUAGUUGAAGUUUGGGCUCUUCGUUACUUAUUUCCUUCAUUGGUGUCCGUUAUUGCAGGGCGUGUAUUCAUUGAUUGUAAGAGGAACUUUCACGCCGUGGUCGCCCAAGGACACCAACUCCUGGAAGCUAUCUUGGCCAUCGGUACGAGCGUAGGGAGCGUGGGAGGUUCCAUAGAGGCUAUGGUGGUGGGCGUGAUGAGUAUUACGGCAAUGGCGGCGGCGGGUAUGGCUACCGCAGGUCUCCGCCUCCCAUGUACUCUUCCUACAGGGAGAGUCGGGAUUAUUAUCCCUCCUACAAGGACAGCCGGGACUACCCUCCCUACAGGGACGGCAGGGACUACUCUCCUCCCCACAGGGACCCUCGGGACUACUACGAAAGCAGGGGUGGCCGGGGCUACUCGCCGCCUCCUUAUGGUGGUGGUAGGUCAAGGAGGGACCGAUCGGUUUCACCGUAUCGGAUGCCAGAAAGGGGCUACGGUGGAGGCCGCCGGGUGGGUGGCGGCGGAUAUGACAGGUAAUGUAGAGGUUUUCUCUCCGCCGGUGGCUGCUGCUGCGAUGGCUGCGUAUGGCUCUCGCAGCUCUGGUGAUAUGGUUAGACUGCUGCCUGUAGCUGUGUACUUGGUGUACUGUCUUCCCGCGUAUGUGGAUUUGGUGAAAACUUCUGUAUGAGCACCUUUUAUUUGUAGCCUGCAAUGAUUCCUUCUUAAGACAGACUGGGGACUUUGGCUCCA